GGGACGAAUUUCCUCCCCAGCACAGCUCCUCUACAGCUUGGCUAGGCCUGCUCCGAGCGCCUGCGAGGUGGAGGAGGCCUACGCCUCGGGCCUGGAAGCGGCAGCCGGCGAGAGAGGCGGACACAGCGGGGUAACCGGCGAGCCGUAGCCGCUUUCGGAAACCUACGCUGCCACGGCCGCUCAUUGUCUCUCCCCUUCCACCCGGGGGGCAAACAGGAAGCGCGCCGCCUGGCACAGCGACGGACGGGCACCUGGACCAAUGAGCACAUCCGACGGAGAACACGGCGGCGAAUGAGGGCCAAGAAGAGGGGCGGGAGUUCCGGGCAGGCUGUCACCCUCUUCCCCCCUUUUGGGCUGGAGGCUCCACCUUUUGUGUUUCCCGCACAGUCAAUCAAAAUAGGAAAAAAAAAUCCCCGGACCGCUCCGGCCGUGUCCGCCGCCGCUUCCCGCAUCCUCUCCCGCCGCCGCCGCCUUCGCUCCUCACCAUGUGUAAGGCGGCGGGGAGCCCCGCCUGAGGUGCCCUAAACACACUAUGACCGCUCCCGAAAAGCCCGUGAAACAAGAGGAAAUGGCUGCCUUGGACGUGGACAGCGGCGGCGGCGGCGGUGGCGGCGGCGGCCACGGCGAGUAUCUGCAGCAGCAGCAACAGCACGGAAACGGCGCGGUGGCGGCGGCGGCGGCGGCGGCCCAGGACACUCAGCCGUCACCGCUCGCUCUGCUGGCCGCUACCUGCAGCAAGAUAGGGCCGCCAUCGCCGGGCGACGACGAGGAGGAGGCGGCCGCCGCAGCCGGGGCCCCCGCCGCCGCCGGAGCGACAGGUGAUUUGGCUUCUGCACAGUUAGGAGGAGCACCAAACCGAUGGGAAGUUUUGUCAGCCACACCUACAACUAUAAAAGAUGAAGCUGGUAAUCUAGUACAGAUUCCAAGUGCUGCUACUUCAAGUGGGCAGUAUGUUCUUCCCCUUCAGAAUUUGCAGAAUCAACAAAUAUUUUCCGUUGCACCUGGAUCAGAUUCAUCAAAUGGUACAGUGUCCAAUGUUCAAUAUCAAGUGAUACCACAGAUCCAGUCAACAGAUGGUCAGCAGGUUCAAAUUGGUUUCACAGGCUCUUCAGAUAAUGGGGGUAUAAAUCAAGAAAGCAGUCAAAUUCAGAUCAUUCCUGGCUCUAAUCAAACCUUACUUGCCUCUGGAACACCUCCUGCUAACAUCCAGAAUCUCAUACCACAGACUGGUCAAGUCCAGGUUCAGGGAGUUGCAAUUGGUGGUUCAUCUUUUCCUGGUCAAACCCAAGUAGUUGCUAAUGUGCCUCUUGGUCUGCCAGGAAAUAUAACGUUUGUACCAAUCAAUAGUGUCGAUCUAGAUUCUUUGGGACUCUCGGGCAGUUCUCAGACAAUGACUGCAGGCAUUAAUGCCGAUGGACAUUUGAUAAACACAGGACAAGCUAUGGAUAGUUCAGACAAUUCAGAAAGGACUGGUGAGCGGGUUUCUCCUGAUAUUAAUGAAACUAAUACUGAUACAGAUUUAUUUGUGCCAACAUCCUCUUCAUCACAGUUGCCUGUUACGAUAGAUAGUACAGGUAUAUUACAACAAAACACAAAUAGCUUGACUACAUCUAGUGGGCAAGUUCAUUCUUCAGAUCUUCAGGGAAAUUAUAUCCAGUCGCCUGUUUCUGAAGAGACACAGGCACAGAAUAUUCAGGUUUCUACAGCACAGCCUGUUGUACAGCAUCUACAACUUCAAGAGUCUCAGCAGCCAACCAGUCAAGCCCAAAUUGUGCAAGGUAUUACACCACAGACAAUCCAUGGUGUGCAAGCCAGUGGUCAAAAUAUAUCACAACAGGCUUUGCAAAAUCUUCAGUUGCAGCUGAAUCCUGGAACCUUUUUAAUUCAGGCACAGACAGUGACCCCUUCUGGACAGGUAACUUGGCAAACGUUUCAAGUACAAGGGGUCCAGAACUUGCAGAAUUUGCAAAUACAGAAUACUGCUGCCCAACAAAUAACUUUGACGCCUGUUCAAACACUCACACUUGGUCAAGUUGCGGCAGGUGGAGCCUUCACUUCAACUCCAGUUAGUCUAAGCACUGGUCAGUUGCCAAAUCUACAAACAGUUACAGUAAACUCUAUAGAUUCUACUGGUAUACAGCUACAUCCAGGAGAGAAUGCUGACAGUCCUGCAGAUAUUAGGAUCAAGGAAGAAGAACCUGAUCCUGAAGAGUGGCAGCUCAGUGGUGAUUCUACCUUGAAUACCAAUGACCUAACACACUUAAGAGUACAGGUGGUAGAUGAAGAAGGGGACCAACAACAUCAAGAAGGAAAAAGACUUCGGAGGGUAGCUUGCACCUGUCCCAACUGUAAAGAAGGUGGUGGAAGAGGUACCAAUCUUGGGAAAAAGAAGCAACACAUUUGUCACAUACCAGGAUGUGGUAAAGUCUAUGGGAAGACCUCACAUCUGAGAGCUCAUCUGCGUUGGCAUUCUGGAGAACGCCCUUUUGUUUGUAACUGGAUGUACUGUGGUAAAAGAUUUACUCGAAGUGAUGAAUUACAGAGGCACAGAAGAACACAUACAGGUGAGAAGAAAUUCGUUUGUCCAGAAUGUUCAAAACGCUUUAUGAGAAGUGACCAUCUUGCCAAACAUAUUAAAACACACCAGAAUAAAAAAGGUAUUCACUCUAGCAGUACAGUGCUGGCAUCUGUGGAAGCUGCGCGAGAUGAUACUUUGAUUACUGCAGGAGGAACAACGCUUAUCCUUGCAAAUAUUCAACAAGGUUCUGUUUCAGGGAUAGGAACUGUUAAUACUUCCGCCACCAGCAAUCAAGAUAUCCUUACCAACACUGAAAUACCUUUACAGCUUGUCACAGUUUCUGGAAAUGAGACAAUGGAGUAAAUAUUACACAAAUACUUAUUCAUUGUGGUUAUUUUUAUACAGUAGUGAGAAGAAUAUUGUUCCUAAGUUCUUAGAUAUCUUUUUAUUGAUGUGCAAAAAUUUUUGGAUUGACAGUAACUUGGUUAUACAUGACACUGAAAUGCCUUACUUUGUAUGAUAUUCCAUAGUAUAUUAAAAAUGGUAAAAUUGCAUGGGUUUUGUAGGUACUUUUGGAAUCUAGAAGAAAUGAAAUUUUACCAAGUUAUAUAAAGAGAAAAUUGAAUUUAACAAUGCGAAUGGUAGUCUAACCAAAUGCAUCAAUCCUGUGUGGUUUAGUGUAAAAAUGAGAACAUGUUGGUAUUUAUCUAUUGUAAGAUAAAAAAGCUGGUGGGUGAAAGAAAUCAUGUUAUGAUAAAAAAUUUUGUAAUUUUCUUGAUGACUGGAAUUUUUAUUAUGCAUAACUGACAAAUCAAGUUUCCAAGCAAAUGUUACAUAGUGUAGGCUUUACUUAGCUUAUCAAUUUGUCAUUUUGAAGCUAAUUAUUUUAAUUAGGUUAACUAUGUACAAUAUUUUAAGCAUUACUCUUGUAAGAUUUUGAAAACUACAUUUUAACAUGGAACUCUAGGGAUAGUCACCUUUUAAAUCCUGUUGAAAAGCCAUGUUUAAGAUUUAAUUUGCCAAAAUAAUGUCUUGUUAAUAUUCUUUCAAUAACGAAGUUGGGCAAUAUAACCAAUGUUUGAAAAAGUUUAAAAUGUAUAAGUUGAGGCAUUUGGGUGGUAAGAGAAUGUUAUAGUGAAUUAUCCCUUUUCUUGACUAUUGGAGGACCAAAAAAAUAAGGUGUAUUGCGUCUUAGCAGUGAUUUUUAUCCAAUCUUGUUUCCAAAAACCAUGUCUCCCAGGGCCUUAAAAGCCAUCAUGUAAAUUACCAGUAAAGUAUAACAUAUGCAAACAUAACAAAAUCACUUCCAUAGUGACGAUACUCCAACCAUAUGGAUAUUAGUCAUAGAAAAACUAGAGGUUUUAUGGUAUUUUUUUAAGUCUUUUUUUUUUUUUUGUCUAGGUAGUCAGUCUGCACUUAAAUAUCAAUCAUUUUCCUUUUUUGCUUCUUCCCUUAAAAUUUAUAUGUAUCCAGUACAUUUAAUUGAGAAACGUAUGUUUUUUAUUAUGCUGUAUUUUCUUUUGAUUUUUUAAUUAUUGUUUAUAUUUUCAAUUUAAAAAUGUACAAAAUAAAGUUACAUUGCUGGUCUUGUAAGAGCUAUACAAUUUUCCUAAAUGUAUACCUGUAACUGCAGCAGUUCACCUAUUUCAAAAAUUUGGAAUUGUGUUCAUUUGUUAUUCUUAAGACCACCUCAAAUUUAAAGGCUACCUUAUUGUACGUUUAAAGUGUAUUAUAACAGUGUGGUAGUUAAUAAAACACUAUUUUUUUUUCUUUUGAGUUUGUUGUAUUCCUAUGCAUUAAAAAUAUUGCAGUGGUAUGGGGUAAGAGUUGGUGGUUUAUUUUUCUUCAACUUGGCUUUUUAUUUUUAGAUUCUUGAUUUUAGACACUGAAUUGUAAACAGGCAUGUUUAUUUGAAGAAGAGAUAUAUGGAGACACUGGUCAUUUACUAAUAUUUUACUAAGUAAGAUUGAGCUUAUUAAAUACCAUUUUUGGAAAAAAGUGUUAGUGUUAGCCCACAUUGAUUCAUAUCAGUUUUAUCAGUACCAUUAUUGUUUCCCAUUUUAAAGCAAUGCAGAAUAUUUUGAUUUAUCGAAAACCCAAAUUUACAUUUAAACUCCUGAAAAUGAUAAGACAAGCGUUGGUAACCAUGGCAGGAGUUACUUGAAAAAGUUGUGUUUUGAAUUUGCAUGUGUUUGAUCAUGAUAAAGGCAGAGUAGGAAGAAAGUAAUGUGAUUGUGUAUUCUAGAUAUUUUAAAGUAAAAAUCAAAUUUAUUAACACAUAUAUACAGUGGGGGUAAAUAUGUCCAUUUUCUGUUUUCCAGGCCCAGUCUGACUCUGUCUGUAAUAGCUGAUUGCAUUGGAGAACUCUAGACACGCAUAAACAUGGACAGUUUUUCUAAAUGUGAGACUUAAGCUUGUGAUGUAAAAUAGGAAGUUCUACUUGGAAUAAUACAAAUGAACCACUAGAAUUUACAAUUAUUUUGAAGUUACAGGGAUUAGAUUUUGAAUCUUUAAACUCCUUUAGGUAACUUUUAGAAUUUUUAAAUUAAGAUUAAUGUGAAGAGAAUGAAGUGAGCAGCAGGUGGUUCAUUUGAGCAAACUGCCCAUUAAGUCAGAUUAAACCAUUUGAGUGAUAGAGACGUUUUAAGUAAGUCAUACUGAAUUUUUACAGUAAGUUUAUGGUGUAUUUUGAAUCCAUAGGUAUCCAUGCAUAUGUUAUGAAUUCAUAGAGAAUGAAUGCAAUGAAGAAAAUAAGUAGUCUUGAAAAUUAUUUAAAUUUUUAGAUUUUUUUAGUGCUCACUAGGAAUAUAUUAGUGAACUUUGGAACUUUUACCAAAGUUAUGUAACCUCGGUGUAGAUAAUUUUAAAUAUUUCUAUUUUUAUAUUUUAAAAUGUUGAAUAUACUCUGGAAACAACAUUUGAAGAUUUGCUCUGAUGUCAAUUUUUUCUGGUUAUAAAAUCUAUUAAUAUUGUAUAUGAGUAUAAUAUUUCUCAGGGUAGGUAUACUCUAAUAGGUGUUAAUUGCUUUAUUUUUGUAAAGGCUAGAGUUAGUGCAUAUUGAAUAUAUUUAUGUACAAAUAGUUCCUAUUGUAACGUUUAGUGGACUCGAUUAUCUGUAUACCUCAAAUUUUAAUUUAAGAAAAUAAUCACUUGAAGAGCAUCUAAUUUUCUAUAGAUUGAGGCUUAAUUAUUGAAAAGUGACUCAACCAAAAAGCACAUAACCUUUUAAAGGAGCUACACCUACCACAGAAAGUCAAAUGCCCUGUAAAUAACUUUGGUCUUUCAAAAUAGUGACUGCUUAAGAUACUUAAAAAUGCACAUAACAUAUAAUCUGAAAGCAUGUCAAACAUUUCAUAGAAAAUAGUUCUGAAACAGUAUUGUUCAUCAGAAAUUGCUGGGGAGCAUUUUAAAGAUUCCAUGGGCCUGGUAGCCACCUCAGCUUACUAAAUCAACAUCUCGGGAUGGAGUGUAUAUGUGUUUUGAAACAGCUGCUCAAGUGGUUCUGUUAAACACUCCUGUGUUACAAUCACUUAAAAUAGAGCAAGCAUCCCCUUAGGCUCUUAAUUGUUGUUUAAAUUCCAGUACUGCCUACUCGAGAUCCAAAAGUUUUGUUUUUUGAAAAAUUUGUAUUGUGUUCAAUAUUUGAAAUUUGGGGUUGCAUAAAUGAUUAUGGAAUCACAUUUGGUUUUCAAAUAUAUAAACUGACAUGUUAUGCUACCUGUUAAAGAAUUUGGUUUUCAGUUUUAAUUAUAUGAAGCUGGUAACAAUCGUUUUCAUUGUAAAAUAAUUAUUUUUCACUAAACAGUAUGUUUAAAACU